CGUCCAGGUGCCCGACGAUGGAGGAGCGCGCCAGCCUGAUGCACAUGAUGAAGCUCAGCGUGAAGGUGCUGCUGCAGUCCGCGCUGAGCCUGGGCCGCAGCCUGGACUCCGACCACGCGCCCCUGCAGCAGUUCUUCGUAGUCAUGGAGCACUGUCUCCGGCACGGGCUGAAGGUUAAGAAGAGUUUUAUUGGCCAAAACAAAUCUUUCUUUGGUCCCCUGGAGCUGGUGGAGAAACUUUGUCCAGAAGCAGCAGAUCUAGCCACGAGCGUCAGAAACCUGCCGGAGCUGAAGACAGCAGUGGGGAGAGGCCGAGCUUGGCUCUACCUCGCACUCAUGCAGAAGAAACUGGCCGAUUACCUGAAAGUGCUCGUAGACAACAAACACCUCCUCAGUGAGUUCUACGAGCCCGAGGCGUUGAUGAUGGAGGAGGAAGGGGUGGUGGUCGUCGGGCUGCUGGUGGGUCUCAACGUCCUCGAUGCCAACCUCUGCUUGAAAGGAGAAGACUUGGACUCCCAGGUUGGAGUGAUCGACUUCUCCAUCUACCUGAAGGACGUGCAGGAGCUCGACAGCGGCCGAGAGCAUGAAAGAAUUACCGAUGUCCUUGAUCAAAAAAAUUACGUGGAAGAGCUUAACCGGCACUUAAGCUGCACAGUGGGGGAUCUUCAGACCAAAAUAGACGGCUUGGAAAAGACCAAUUCGAAACUUCAAGAAGAGCUUUCAGCUGCAACAGACCGGAUUUGUUCACUUCAGGAAGAACAGCAGCAGUUAAGAGAACAAAACGAAUUAAUUCGCGAAAGGAGUGAGAAGAGUGUGGAGAUAACGAAGCAGGACACCGAAGUCGAACUGGAGACGUACAAGCAGACGCGGCAAGGCCUGGACGAGAUGUACAGCGACGUGUGGAAGCAGCUGGAGGAGGAGAGGAAGGUCCGGAGGGAACUAGAAAAAGAACUGGAGUUACAGAUCGGGAUGAAGACGGAAAUGGAGAUCGCUAUGAAGCUCCUGGAGAAGGACACCCACGAGAAGCAGGACACGCUGGUGGCCCUCCGUCAGCAGCUAGACGAAGUCAAAGCCAUUAAUUUGCAGAUGUUUCACAAAGUGCAGGGCACCGAGGGCAGCUUUCAGCAGAAGGAGGAGGCCAUCGCAUCCCUGGAAGAGAAAACCGAUCAAGCUCUGUCCUGCAUGAAACAAAUGGAAGAAAGGUUACAGCUCUCGGAGGGGGCGCAACGGGAGGCCGAGGAGCGGAGCCGGAAGCUGCAGCAGGAGCUCGGCGGGAAGGUCAGCGCCCUGCGGCUGCGGCUGUCCCAGCUGCAGGAGCAGUGUGCAAGUCUAGAGAAAGAGCUGAAAUUGGAAAAAGAGCAGAGGCAGGCCCUUCAGCGGGAGUUACAGCACGAGAAAGACACCUGCUCUCUGCUCCAGGCAGAGCUCCAGCAGGUGGGCGGCCUCCGAAAGGAGCUGCGUGAGCUCCAGGAGGAGAAGGCGGGGUUACGGAAGGUUUGUGAUGAACAGGAACAAGCCCUCCAAGAAAUGGGACUGCACCUGAGCCAGUCCAAGCUGAAGAUGGAAGACAUAAAAGAAGUGAACAAGGCACUGAAGGGCCACGCCUGGCUGAGAGACGAGGAGGCCACGCACUGCAGGCAGUGUGAGAAGGAGUUCUCCAUCUCCCGGAGGAAGCACCACUGCCGGAACUGUGGCCACAUCUUCUGCAACUCCUGCUCCAGCAGCGAGCUGGCCCUGCCCUCCUCCAUGAAAGGAAUUUUUUGCCACACCCUGCUCCUGCAGCGCUGCUCCACCACCUCCUGAGGCCGGCUGCCCGCAUGCCGCCACGGACGCCGGCCCCGUCCUCGGGCUGGGCAGCCUUGAGACGGGGCCAAGCUCGGGGUCUCCGGGACCACGGCGCGGGACCUUGCUGCCCACGAAACUCUCCGGGAAGAAGCAGACCUCCUGCCGCUGGCGCUCAGACCCCAGCUGGGCCUGGGAGCUGCACCUGUGAUCUGGGCCGCCUCGGGGUGGGACUGCCAUCUCCCAGUUGUCACUCGUUUUGCUACCGUCAUUUUCCACUUUUCAAGGAAUUGACCUAUUUUGCAGUCACUGUA